AUGGAAAUAACGGAAAUUCGAAAACUUUUACGAGAACAGAACCAAAGAAUUGGCAUUCUUGAAAAUGAAAAUCAGCUUUUAAAGAAGGAGGUGCUAGAGUUGAAACACACUGUGGCCAAAAUGAGUGAUAACAUUUCACAUUAUGAAGAGAAAAUAAUAGACUUGGAAACCUCAGACGUCAAACCAAACGCACGUCGUCUGCUUCUACCCAUCACUGAUUCUCCUUCCACUACACCUGUUCCGGUAGACCCUGUUGCCUUCUAUGCCUAUAUGUCAGCUAACGAAGCCUCUCCAAGCGCCCACUUCACUCUGAAAUUCGAUGUAGUGAAGACUAAUCUCGGAAACGCUUAUAGCAAGCACAGCGGAACAUUCGUUGCACCUGUUUCGGGUGCAUAUGUGUUUACAUAUACCAUAUAUGCCCAGACUCGUGGUGCAAUCUUUUUAAAUUUGUUCGUUAAUGACGCAGUCUUUGGAGGAUCCAUAAGUGAUACUCAGGAAACAGGUGACUGGGACUCAGAAACCUCAACCGUUGUCGUGUCACUUAACAAAGGCGAUGACGUAAACAUCCGGACCACCCAAGCUAGCUCAACUAUACUGAGCUAUCACGAGGCUAAGACGACAUUUGCUGGUUGGAAAAUCAGUAAUGCUUAA